AAACACGUGUGUGCUGCUGGGCUCACUUCCUGCUUGUCGCUGAGUGAUGACGUUAGACACAUCCCCCUCUGCCAUCAGCACUGCCAGUAUCUAUCAUCACUGACUGUUCCAGGGAUGGCGCCGGCGUUGUGUGCCCGGGGGGUGAUGCUCUGGCUGUCCGGUAAACUGCCCCCUGCUGGCUGUGCAGGGAGCCUCCUCUCCGGCAGAAGACACCGGCUCCAUGUGUAUUGCUGUGCCCAUCGCUCAGACUCCCAACAAGGUCGUGGGCAGGGGGGAGAGGAGCCUGCAGCCCCUGUACCCACCAGUCUUGCACGCCCCUGGGGCUCCAGACGCUCUCUGUCACCCCUGCACAGGGUCAGUCACAUGAUCUCUCCUGAGUUCAUCUCACAGGAGAUCAAUGACCUCCUAACUCCAGAUCCAGGGCUGCCUGACCCCCAGAAGGAGCAUCCCAGGCCAUCCCAUCCUCCACCACCAGAUGAUGGUGCCCUCUCACCCACACAGGGAACACCAUUCAUGCCAGGGGAUCUGGUGGUCGCAGAGUUCAAGAGAAAACACUAUUCCAUGUUCAAGAAGAUGUUCGUCCUGAAAAGUUCUGGCAAACUCUUGAGCAACUGGGGGGCGAUCAGCAGCCUGGACAUUGUGGGCAAAUUGCCCGGGCAGAAACUCCAGACCUCCACUGGGUUCCACUUCCUUCUGAAAAGACCCUCUUUAGAUGAAUAUGUCACUUUCAUGAAGAGGGGGCCCACGAUCUCGUACCCUAAGGAUAUUGCAGCAAUGCUGAUGAUGAUGGACCUCAGUCCUGGGGAUGUAGUAUUAGAGGCCGGAUCAGGGUCUGGAGCGUUGAGUCUGUUUUUAUCACGUGCCGUGGGGUCGGAGGGCUGUGUACACAGCUUUGAAGUACGCCCUGAUCACCACGCCAUAGCAAAAAAUAAUUUCUUGAAAUGGAAAGAUUGUUGGCAGAUGCGGUGCGCUCGGCCGUGGCCAGAUAACGUGCGCUUCAUUAACAGAAAUAUACAGGAUGUUCUGCCGGACUAUAAGUCUGUAGCGUUUGACGCGGCUGCCUUGGACAUGUUAAACCCACAAGUUAUAUUACCAGCAAUAAUCAGGAACCUAAAGCAGGGUGCUGUCUGUGUUGUAUAUAUCACAAACAUUACCCAGGUGAUUGAUCUCCUGGAGGGCAUCCGGUGUGGUGAGCUUCCCCUAAUAUGUGAGAAGGUUGUGGAAGUUGCAGCAAAGGACUGGAUAGUUGCACCAUCGUUACGUAAAGACGGCAGCAUUUCCAAGAGGAUGGGACCAUCUGAUACCCUUGAAGAGACUGAUGAGGAGGACGACGACAACAACAAUGAAAGCCAAACUGAUGAGGACCUUGAACUUCCAGUGAAUAAUCGGCCAUUUGGACAGAUGCCUUACAUUGCACGGCCCAUGCCAUGGCAGACCGGACAUACAGCUUUUCUUGUGCAGCUAAGAAAAUUCAAACCAGCACCAAAACCUACAGAAGCAGAGGCCCAAAGCUGAUGCCCAGGACUCCAUAAAUGAUUUGUACAUCCUUCAGCUUUUACAAUGUUGAGUACAGUGACCUAAAUAUAUUUAAAAAAAAAAUUGUUUAUUUACAACUACCAA